AUGGCGGCUUGCAACAGAGAGCACAACCGGAUUGUGAUUGCGAUACGACCUCUCCGUUCCCUCGAACCUCCUCGAUCUGCUUCCCCUCUGCUCCCUCCUAGCAUCCCUCCUGUUCCUCUGCGCGCGUCUGGCGUCGCGAUGGCUCUGUUUGACUACGAGCGCGUGGCGCGUGCCGUGAAGGAGUGGCCGACGUGGGUGCUGCGGAAGGCCAAGGUCGCGGCGCAGUACGGCUUCGUGCCGCUCGUCAUCACCGUCGGUAUGCUCUACACCGAGCCGCAGCCGCACCUCCUGCAGCUCAUCGGCCCUUAG